AUGGCGGCUCGACCAGUGUCCGUGAACUCUCAGUGCUGUACUUUACGACACAGCCUCCACCAUGCUCCACGUCGGCGCUUCUCAAUUACACUUAACUCUCAAGCCCCAGCAGCGGCAUCCUCACGCUCAACGAUCCCGCCCGAGUCACCAAAAUUCAUCUCCAUUCCACGCCCUGUCCAGCCUCCACCAUCUUACAAACACUGGAUCAAAGGCACCCUGCCCGUUCCCCGCCAGAUCUUCCGCCCCAAUGACCCCGACAAGACCACGGCCCCCUACCUCGCCUCCCUAACACCUGAGCCACGGUCUCGAACACUCCAAAAGACCCACCCCCCUCAAACAAAGGACUUCAUGAGCUAUAAAUCCCGGCAAUCCGAGCGGCGUCGUCAAAACAUCCGUGAAAGUCUCAUCGAGCUACGUUUCCGCAAAGACGCCACGGAGAGGAGGAUGCUGGCGAGCAGCUCGAGGACACAAGCUUACAACCUCGCGGCCCGUGAUGCGCCCGAGCGAGACGAUGAGAGGUUGACGAUGCCGACGAUCAUCCCCUCCGAAGUACCGAAGAAGCAAGUCUUGCUCCCGGAUCCUCAGCGCGAGGAGCGCCUCGCGACAAAGGCGGGGAACGUGGUAUACCAGAAAGAGGCACAGGAGGAGGAGAGGAAGGAUAUGCUGCAUAAGCUUUACGUCAGCUCGGGGAAAUUUGUGACUACGGUGGAGCAGUUGGACAAGUUGAUCACGGAUGUGUUUGAUGAUGAGAUGGCGUUUGCGAAUGAUAAUUCCAAGGGGGCGAAUAUUUGGCACCUGGGUUUGCCGGAUUCGACGGAGCAGUUGUUGAGGACUAGUGGGCAGGGACGGCGGGCGAGGAGUAACAAGGCGGUGGACGGGAGCGUGAGGGAUCAAUUGACGGAUGAGAGGACGAAGCAGUUGGGAGACGAGUUGACGGGGGGAAAGGUGUAG